AUGACUAACUCUGCCGUUUAUUUUAGAGAAUAUAAUCAAAGACCAGGAAGAAAGAAAUACCUUGCUGGCAAAUCCUUAGAAAGAUAUUAUAAAACAAAAAAAGGAAAAACAUUCAUAAGUUCUGCCUUCACUCCCCGAAAGUGUUAUUCAUUUCUCGCGGUUUUCCCCACAUUGUUUUCAAGUUUGAGUUUAGUUGAAGAACAGAAAAAAAAAUACCAGGAAACCUCCCAAACCAAUAAAGACUUUUUAAAAAAACUGUUCGAAGAACUAAAAGAAGCAAUUGAUGGGGUUGGGAAAAAAGAUAGAAUAGAAAAAGAAUUAUUUAGUAAACUAAACGAAAAAUUAAGAGAAAUAAAGAAGUUAAAAGAGGAACUUAAAAAAAACUCAAAAAAACCGACCGAGACCGAAAAGCCUGAAGAGAAGAAAAAACCCAAAGAAGAGAUAAAAAAUGAGGAAGUAAAAAGUAAAUUAGCCGAGUUAAAAGAAUUAAAAAAAGUAAUAAAAGAGAAACUGGCAAGGUUUGAAAAACCCGAAGAGGAUUUACUAAAAAAGAAGAAAAAUUUGGAGGAAGAAUUAAAAAGAUUUUUAGAAAUUAAGAAAUUAGAGAGAAUAAAUGAACUGGAAGAAGAAUGA